AUGGGACGAUACAGUUCAGUUCAGGCGUAUGCCGACUCUAACAGCAAUAUGCGGAGCGUGUCGUACGAGCAGGCGACAGGCUCCGGUGAAGUCAAAAAGGGAGCCGUCAAGGCCGAAAAGGUCUCCAAUCCAUAUGGCUCUACGGCGGGUGCCGGCUCUGGGGAGUUUCAUGUCUACCGUCACGCCCGUGCUCGAGAACAGGAGCGAUGGAAACAAAUCAACGAACAAGAAAAGAUGGAACGAUUGGACAAGGAGUUCAAAGACAAAGUGCAAAAUUUCGAUGAGGAAACGAAUAACAAGACGGAUAAAAACAGAAAAAAGAGGCAACGUCAAAAGGAGGCCAAAAUGAGAAAGAAAAAUCUGCAACUCUCGGGGGUGGCAGCAGCCGUGGUGGCGCAGCAGGAAGAAAAGGAGAAGAAAGAGCAGCAAAAUAACGGCAAUCAGAAAGAAGAUGUGGAGUUUACAUACAAACCAAGCAACAACGAGGAAGAGCAGCAAGACGAUGACAAAAAACAACCAGCCAAGGAAGUGCCUCCAACAGCCGAAGCCAAACAAUCAGCCAUCCCGAAUGAUGGGUCAUUCCUGGAAAUGAUGAAGAAGAAUCUCGCCGAAUCAGAAUCUAGUAAUGUGCCAGAGGAAAAGAAGAGCGAUCCUGGCGAUGAUGAGGAGGAACCCCCAAAGAAACGACAAGCUACGUGA